AUGGACCUGAUGCUUAGCCUGAUGGACGAGGGCUUCCAUCUGGGAUGUGCCGUGGGCGCCCUCAUGGUCAUCACGCAAUCGGUCUACAUGGGCCUAACCUCGGUGGAUCAGGUGACCAGCGUCAUCCAGAAGUGCCUGCUGCUACACUUCCACAUGGUGCGCCUGCGGCCCGGGUCCGGUGUCCUGCUGGAGAUCGCGGUGUGGGUGCUGGACAUGGCCUUCCACAUGUGGUUCCUGCUGGUCGACUGCACCCGGGUGCUGUCCAGCCUCUACUUCAGCAACAAGCCUAUGCAGAUCCUCCACUGUGUCCUUCUCUUCAUUUUCCAUCUACAGAUUCUGAGAAGGUACUGCAUGGGCAUCCACGUGACCGUCGAGAACGUAGUCAACCCGGCCGAGGACGCCAUCGACGAAGUCGCUGUAGCUGAACCCGCUCCAGUGGCGCCCCCUGUCCUGGUAGCUGGACAUGGUGGAAGCGGGGUUGGAGGACACUUCAACAUCCACGUCCAAGUUGACAUCGACCGCCAACGAGUCGUUUCUCACGAUACCGAAACCCGCCCCAGCAGGAGCGUGGGAGAGCUGCUCCUGUCAGCGGAGUGCAAGCCGUGA